CUAUUCAUACAGUGAACUGCUAUUUACAAAAAGUGAUCGCAAUGAAAAAAUCAAAAUAGUAAAAUAUCGCUCAUCACUAGUUAUUUUCUGUUCUAGAUUUUGAUUCCAUUAAUUGUCGCGCAAAAGCGAUUGUUUUUCAAAGCGGUACUAUUACGCCCGUUACAUAAAAAUUUAGUAUAUUCUCUAUAUAAAAACAAAUUGAACAAUGAUUCCUGUAUGGCAAAUGAUGUUGGGUGUUUGUGUAGGCCUGGUUGCAUUUUUACUUGUGCGUCCACCACAGGUUGGCUAUCAUCAAGAAAGACGCCGAAAAAGUACAAGCAGUGAAGGUGAACAUAAUCCAAGAUAUAAUUCAUCUCCCGGAGAUGCUUGUGCCAUUUGUCUUAUGGAAUUGGAGAAUGAAAAUAUGACAUAUCUGCGAUGCGGCCACGCUUUGCACGAUAAUUGCGUCAAACAAUGCAAGCUGCAUUCAAAAAAUUGUCCAGUUUGUCGCGAACGCAUGUGAGAUUUUGAAUGUUAUACAUAUCUGUUAACAUUUUUCUUUUCAUACUCUAUCAUAUAAUUUCCAUUUGCGAAAUAUAAUGAUUUGAGUGUUGAUUUAUGAAGAAUUAUUAAUUGCGGGCGCGGGUUACGCGGAUAAAUAAUAUUAAAUAUUUUUAUAUAAUUGGGAAAAAAUUAGACUGAUGAUGUCAAGAAGUAUAGCAGUUUACAAAAAAUCGAAGUUAUCUUAUUUGACAUUUUAUUUAUUUUUACUAAUUGAGUUUAUAUAAACAAUUUCUCUUUAGAACUCACAUAUACUUAUAUAUAACUAGGUUUAAAAUGUGUCCUAAAACAAAAAACAAUUCUACAAUCUUUCAAAAUAUUUUUAUUUCACAAAUCGAAUCUUAAAAUUACAAAGCGUAUGUAAAACAAAAACAAAAUGAUAAUAAUUACAUUAAUAAAUAAUAUAGCAAAAUA